AUGGCCAGCAACCGAACGUCAUACCUGGCAGCGGACGGCCUUUCGCAGGCACGCGGCCUGUCGUCGUCCAUCACCUCGCUGUCCUCGAGCCCCUCGACCCGCCAUCCUUCUUCCUCGCACAUCUCCAAGACCUACCGACAGGCCUCCACGCUUUUCCUCACGCGUCGGCUUCCCGAGGCACUGUCGACUGUGCUACCCUUAGUCACGCCGCCUCAAUCCCCAAACGACGGCAGCGAUGACCGCGCGUCUAAUGCUAGCGGGUCGACGGCUACCGUGACGCCGACAGAGCCGGCACCCGUCAUCCGGGCGUCGCGCUCAUCACGGGUCAAGGUGUGGAGUUUGUACUUGACUGUGCUGAACGCGAUUGCUGAGCUGGAGCCGGACGAUGGCAAAGACGCGUUCGGUGCGCAGGAGUGGCGGACGCUGUGCUACAAAGUUCGCUCGGGAGAUAUCUGGGAGGAAGUCAUUCGCAAUGGGUAUCAUGGAGUCGAGGGGGACGUGGAUGCGGAGGUGGUUAUCAAUUUGGCCACCCUCCUCCUCGCACACUCCAAAACCCAGGCUUUGAACCAGAAACGGCUUGAGAACUAUCUCGCCGCGGCCCGCACCCCUAAUCUUGACAUCCCCGCCGACCGCUUCUCCGAAUCCCCACGCCGGUACGCAUCACCAGGGAAGCAACAAACGCCCCGUCGCCCAGCCCCUAGCGGUGCCGACACCCCGCGCGACCUCGCCGCACGUGUCAAGCUCCUCGAGCUCUACACACUUCACGUUCUCCCACGCAACAACGAAUGGGAGUAUGCGCGCGAGUUCAUCAACGUGAGCCCCGUGCUCGACGACGAGCGGCGCGAGGCCUUCCUGCAGGCACUCGACACCCUGCAUGACGAGCAGGCCGAGGCGGAGCGGCGCGAGGAAGAGGAGCGUGCCCAGCGCGAGGAGGCGAUACGUCGGGAUAUCGAGGAGGCGCGGCGGCUGCGGGCGGAGAACGAGGCGAGGGAGAAGAAGCGGCUGGAGGAGGAGCGAGUGCGACGGGAGACGGCGGAGAGGAAUGCGAAGAAGGAGAAGGAAAAACAGAAAUUGACUGCAUCGUCCUCAUCGGCGUCGUCAUUGUCGUCACCGACGGAGGGUGAUUUCGGACUCGACAAGACGCCACCUACAACGCCGGCGCUAAAGAAGACCACUAGGACUGGAAGCAGCAGCAGCUCGGUGCGGUCUAAGAGGCCGCUGCCGCGGCAAGGGGGUGCCGGGAACAGCAGUAGCAGCGCGGUUGUUGCCCCACCCACGCUCAUAUCGCGGGCGACAACGGUGCUGGGGAAUCUUAGCAAAUUGGUCGACGAAGUAGCCCGGGCAUUCCAGACGAAUCCGUACGUGCUGCUGCGGAUGCUGGCAUUUGUGAUUGGGUUGCUGCUGCUGGUGAGCCGGAAGAAGGUGCGGGAAAGGCUGGUACGGAUUAUUGGGGUGAGCUGGAACAAAAUCAAGGCUACGGCGGGGAUGGGAACCAAAGUCAGCUAUAUUUAA